AUGAAGAUCUUACAAAUUGUCGCCGUGAUUGUGCUCUCGGCUGUCGCGGCCAAUGGAGGAGGAGCGAAGCUGGUGCGCGUUCAUUCGGUGACACCCGAGCAGUACAAUGAGCUGGCCAAGCUAACCAACGGCGAGUCGCAUGUGUCGGAAUCGCGUGUGCUGCGCAGCUCGCUGAGCGACCUCAUUCCCUCAUUGUUCAUAAGUGGCAACGGGCAAGGCUCCAACCAUAAUAAUUAUCCCUUGUGCGUAGUGUCGGCCGAUGACAAAAAACGUAGGGAACGAUCAAACGAUUUCGACGUACAAGAAUUUCUUGAAAAUCUUGAGGAGAAUAAUAAUGACAAUAGCAACAACAACGGAGGUUCGGAUAAUCAGAAAGGCAGGAGGGACAGGAAUCGUCCCGUUGUGAACUGCGUUGUGGUGGUCAAGGACAAGGACAAAGACAAGGACAAGGACAAGGACAAGGACAAAGACAAGGACCAUGAUCAUCACCAUCACCACCCUCCCUACCGUCCCCGCCCUCGUCCCGGUCACGGUCACGGUCACGGUCAUGGUCAUGGUCACGGUUAUGGUCCCUUUCCCGGGUUUUACAGUCCAUUCCCUCAUCCAGGAGUGGCUCCUGCACCAGGUUUUGUUUGGAUGUUGGAUCCUGCUACCGGCUGGCAUCAAAUACCAGCACCGUCAGAUUGCGACCCAGCAGAGGCCGCACCCCCCGUAGGUGCCGGAAUAUGCGUCUGCGUUCCAUUUGCAGCGAAUGGUGACUAUUGCUAUAGGAUUCCUUCUUAA